GCGCUCUGACACUAGCCGGACACUUCCGGUGUCGGGCUGGAAGUGAUUCUCUUGUUGACACUUUAUUGUUCCGCGUCUUGUGAACAGAAGAAUGUACCAGGCCUGAGCAUCCCUCGGUCGGAUCAUGUCCUCGGGUCGGCAGUCUCAGCCGCUUCCGGGGCCUGGAGGUGGAACAGGCUUGUCCUCCACCUCUUCUUCGUCUUCUUCUUCCUCUACCCCGUCUAGUUCCUCUUCAGCCGGGCCGCUGCGUCAGGGACUGGUGGGGGUGAGCAGUCUGUCCAGGCUCGGUGUUCCCGGAGGAAGUUCGGCGCUCGUAGGAAGGGCCAGCGGCUCAGGGCCGAGGAAGAGGCCUCUACCUACCCCACUGUGCAACGGACUCAUCAACUCCUAUGAGGACAAGAGCAACGACUUCGUGUGUCCGAUUUGUUUUGAUAUGAUCGAAGAAGCCUACAUGACAAAGUGUGGACACAGCUUUUGCUACAAAUGUAUCCACCAAAGUCUGGAGGACAAUAACCGCUGCCCAAAGUGCAACUAUGUUGUUGAUAACAUUGACCACCUUUACCCAAACUUUUUAGGAAGUGCAUUACUGGCCAGAUCAGCAAGAGAAAACGGAGGGAAAAAAUCAAAGAAAAGAAAACGAAUGCAGUCACCACUAAUGAUUGUAAAUGAGCUCAUUCUGAAACAAAAGCAGAGAUUUGAUGACAAACGCCUAAAGCUGGACCCAUCGAAUGGUCAUCGGUGGCAGAUCUUCCAGGAUCUGUUGGCGACUGAUCAGGAUAACCUGGACCUCGCCAACGUGAAUCUGAUGCUUCAACUUCUGGUACAGAAGAAGAGGCAGCUUGAAGCUGAAUCGCAUGCUGCUCAAGUCCAAAUCCUCACGGAAUUCCUAAAAGUUGCCCGGCGGAAUAAGAGAGAGCAACUGGAGCAGAUCCAGAAAGAACUGAGUGUGGUGGAGGAAGACAUAAAGCGCGUAGAGGAGAUGAGUGGUUUAUACUCUCCACGCAGUGAAGAUAGCACUGUUCCCCAGUUUGAGGCCCCCUCCCCGUCGCACAGUAGCAUAAUUGACUCAACAGAGUACAACCCGCCACCUGGAUUUAGUGGAAACUCUCAGGUGAUGUCACUGAGACAAAACUUGAGUGGAAAUACCAGCAGUGGGGACAGAUGGGAGAAAAAAAUCAUAGAGGAGACAAAAAAGCAGCCUUGGUACAACAGCACGUUGGCAUCACGGCGGAAACGGCUCACCGCUCAUUUUGAAGAUUUGGAGCAAUGCUACUUUUCUACCAGGAUGGCCCGCGUAUCGGAUGAUAGCCGGACGGUGAGCCAGCUGGAUGAGUUUCAGGAGUGCCUGUCCAAAUUCACCAGAUAUAAUUCUGUGCGCCCCCUUGCCACACUCUCUUAUGCCAGUGAUCUGUACAAUGGUUCCAGCAUUGUGUCCAGCAUAGAGUUUGACCGAGACUGUGAUUACUUUGCCAUUGCUGGUGUGACUAAGAAGAUUAAAGUGUACGAGUAUGGUACGGUUAUCCAAGACGCUGUAGACAUUCAUUACCCAGAGAAUGAAAUGACCUGUAAUUCUAAAAUCAGCUGUAUAAGUUGGAGCAGUUACCACAAAAACCUCCUGGCCAGCAGUGAUUAUGAAGGGACCGUGAUUCUGUGGGAUGGUUUCACAGGGCAGAGAUCCAAAGUUUACCAGGAACACGAAAAAAGGUGUUGGAGUGUGGACUUUAACCUCAUGGACCCCAAACUUUUGGCGUCCGGCUCAGAUGAUGCCAAAGUAAAGCUGUGGUCUACCAACUUGGAUAAUUCUGUUGCUAGUAUUGAAGCCAAAGCCAAUGUAUGCUGUGUCAAAUUUAGUCCCUCUUCUCGCUAUCACCUGGCAUUUGGAUGUGCAGAUCACUGUGUACAUUACUACGACCUCCGCAACACUAAGCAGCCGAUCAUGGUGUUCAAAGGGCAUCGCAAAGCUGUCUCCUACGCCAAAUUUGUAAAUGGAGAGGAAAUAGUUUCUGCAUCAACGGACAGCCAGCUGAAGCUGUGGAACGUCUCCAGACCACAUUGCCUGCGCUCCUUCAAGGGUCAUAUCAAUGAAAAGAAUUUUGUCGGUUUAGCAUCGAAUGGAGAUUAUAUUGCCUGUGGAAGUGAAAACAAUUCCCUCUACCUGUACUAUAAGGGCCUCUCAAAGACCCUGCUGACUUUCAAGUUUGACACAGUAAAAAGUGUUUUGGAUAAAGACCGCAAAGAAGACGACACCAAUGAGUUUGUUAGUGCUGUAUGUUGGAGAGCUCUUCCUGAUGGGGAGUCAAAUGUUCUUAUUGCUGCUAACAGCCAGGGCACAAUCAAGGUCCUGGAGCUGGUAUGAAACAUGGACGUCUACAUCAACUGUGGAGGGGCUACUAACUCUCCUGUCUAGGUUCAGAACCUCCACCUGCAGAAAACGCUAAUACCUUCCUAAUGGAGACAGUCAAAGCAUUAUACCACACGUCGCUUCAGGACACUCGUAAGACUUUUGGAGGGGGAGAACAGGAAGCGGGGACAUACAGAGGAGGAUAAUGGUUUAAUGCUGGAAUCGUGGACCCUCACUGAUCCUCUCCCCCCCACUACUGUGUUCUCUCUUCUGGUGCUGCUUUAUACCUUAGUAAUGGGGGAGGUCUGUAACAUGUUGCUCUUUUUGCAGUUCCUUCCAAAACUGAGGACAUAACCCGAGAGGUAGAGAGAGGCUUAAUUUUUAUCAUGGGGGAAGCUAUUAAAUCACGCCAAAAAAAAAAUCUCAAAAAACCCAAAAAUAAAGAUUUAACUAUUUCUAAGCA